AUGGCUUUUGUUCAAGCUAGGAGCUUCGGUUCUGAAGAAUCAACUUCAAUUAGAUCAAAUAAUCAUGGGCGUGGUUAUGGUCGUCAUCGUGAUCAUCCAAGAAUAUAUAACACUAUUCCAGUUAGCCAACGAAAUAAGCAACAAAGUAAAGACAAACAUGGUAGAGGUCGUGGAAGAAGACAGAUAUUUUACCAAUGGUGGAAUGUUGAAGUUGAACUUACUCAGAACAUCUAUUUACAAUUAUUGGAAGAAGAAGAGAAUGAAAUUAAUGAAUUAGUAUAUGAUUUUACUGAUCUGAUGAUUGUACAAGAAAUAGAAGCCUAUAGAGAAACAAAUAAUAUGUAUAA